AUGCAGUCGCCUUCAGUUCACUCAAUUAACGGGCUGUCUCCUGGCUGUGUAAUUUCGUCCUUGGCGUCGAAGAAUACAGCGGCAACGCCAUGCCGGGAUGAAUGCCAAUUCGAAACCAUCAUGACCACCCUCAUCACUGGCGGCACAGGCAAGACCGGAUCCGCACUUGCGCGCCUCCUGCACGCUACCGACCACCCCGUUCUCAUCGCCACUCGCCGAGGCGCUGCCCCAGAGCCGUUCAAAGCGGUGACCUUCGACUGGCAUAACCCGAGCACAUUUGAGAACCCAUUCAAGACUGACCCGAGCAUCGAUCGAGUCUUCCUCGUUGCCCCGGACGACAUGGAGCCACUCGCGCACAUGAAACCCUUCAUCGACCUCGCAGUGUCCAAGGGCGUCAAGCGCUUCGUUUUGAUCACCGCGACGCAGGUGGACAAGGGUGGCCCAAUUUACGGAAAGGUGCAUCAGUACCUUGCUGAUAUUGGGGUCGAUUACACUGUCUUGCGGCCGACGUGGUUUAUUGAGAACUUUGGUUCGUACAGCCAAGGCAUUAUUGAGAACGACGAAAUCACGUCUGUCACCAAGGACGGCCGCAUCCCGUUCAUUGGCGUCGAGGAUAUCGCCAAAGCCGCCUUCGACGCGCUCGUUGCAGAGAAGAGCCCUAACACCGAUUACUAUGUCAUCGGCCCAGAACUCUGGUCCUACAACGAGGUCGCUGCAGCUCUCACUGAAAUCCUGGGCAGAAAGAUCACUCACAGGAGUCUCACGGACGAAGAGCAAAUCGCUUUCUACCAGUCCAUCGGGUUACCAAAAGAAUACGCGGUUCUUUUGAACGCGAGUGAGGCACGCGUUGCGGAGGGUGUAGAAGAGGCAAUCGUCGGUAACCCGAAGGCGAUUGUCGGAAAGGUGAAAUUGCGCGACUACCUCGAAGCUAAUAAAGACCUCUGGAAGAAGGCAUAA